CUCGAUUCAGUUUUGUGACGUUAACGGAUCAACCGUAGUCAAAAUAUUUUCGAACUGUUGAGAGGGUCGACCGUCUCCUGUUUUCUCACUGAUUGAUCGGUUCGGUCUUGACUCUGUCGCUGCCACGUUGCUGGUUACCACAUAUAUAAAGAACACCCGUGACGUUUUACCUGCCCCGCUGCGGACCGGAUGUCCUGCUGACGUCUAUUGACCAGGGAAAUCGUUAUAACAAUUGACGUGGCGAAGUACGUCACCGGACAAGUGGAGUAAGUUAUACUACAGGGUAACAUGGACCACAACUUCUUGUUUGACCCCUCUAUCCUGGCUGACUUGGACUACAGCAGCUGGAAGUCAUCCUUCCGCCCAGGAGUCUCCCCCCACACCCCGGGGCAGGGAUUCAAAGUUAGGCCACUCUGUGCAUCAGACUAUGAUAAAGGGUUCUUACAAGUCCUGGCACAACUUACAAAAGUAGGGACCGUCACCAGGGAACAGUUCAUGGCAAGAUUUAAUGCCAUGAAGGAUGACAAGAGUUACUAUGUUUGUGUGAUUGAAGACCUGAACAAGAGGGAAGUCAUCGGUGCAGCAACUCUGGUCAUUGAACAAAAAUUCAUCCACAGUGCAGGAAUGAGAGCCAGGGUAGAAGAUGUUGUGGUGGAUGAUACAUAUAGAGGAAAGCAACUUGGGAAAAUCCUGACAGUGGUGUUGAUAAUGCUGAGUAAACAUCUUGGUUGCUACAAGAUUUCCUUGGAGUGCACCGACCAAAAACUUCCCUUCUACCAGCAGGUUGGCUUCAAACAGGACGGCACAAACUACAUGGUUCAAAGAUGGGAGACAUGAUACAGGCUUUUAUUAUUUAAGAUGAUGUAAACAGCUCAUAUUUACUGAAAUGUUGUAAUAUGCAGUUUAAGUGUAGUCUUACAAAUUUCCAUGUUGUGUCUUAACUGUUUGAUGAGAAAGGAAGGUUGUGUUAUGAGAACAAUUAGCAAUGUUAUGUUGCCAUGACAUUUGACUUUUCUGGUCACUUUUGUAUAUAAUGUUACUAUCAGGUAAUGGCAUACUGAGUAGGUUUUACUGUUGUAGUCUCACCUCUUUUAUUCAAUCUUCUCCCUGCUGCCUAACCCCAUCACCACUAAUACAAAUCUGAUGCUCGACAAGGAGCGGCAGGGUAUGAAUAUUGUACUCAUGUGAGAAAGGGUAAUGGGAGAAAGGGCUAAUAUACUGACAAACUGUUUUGUGUGGCUCAAGCUGAAGCUGCUCUACACAAUAUUCAGUGUGCCUUUCCAUCUGUAGAUUUAGCUAUUUUAGUCAUCAAAUUCGGUCUAUAUUCUGUAGACAGUAUACUUACAGGUGGUACUUAAUUACAGGCUACUCAUUUCUUUGAAGCAUUGACAUGCCAAAGAUGAAAAUCACUUCCCGGAGAAGUUGUUUCUAUGUUAUUGUGACAUUAUUUUAUGGAUAACAGGGACUGGUCAUACUGCCCAAUCUCCACAUUUGCUGUCUUACAUGUUACAGGACAUGUUGUGGAAACUCAUGAUCUACAUGUAUCUAUCAAUACUAGUAUAAUUGAAGUAUCUGUAAUGUUUAUUGCUUUGUUGAUAAGAUAUGGAAGUUAAUUAUGAAAUCCUGAGCAUUACACCUGAUUAGAGGAGCACAUAAUUUGGUGCAUCUACUUUGGAGAUGAUACAUUUUGAGGGUGUAAUUUACGAAUCAACAGCCUUGUGCUUGUAAUUUGCAAUCAUCAUAGCACAUACAGUUGUGCAAUUUGUCAUGGGUAGAUGUAUCAUAUGGGUCAUUGUUUGUUGUUACUGACAUCUACAUAUUUCAGUCAUUUCUAGAUACCAAAGAAAUAAGUGCCAUGUCCUGUAGAAUAGGCUAUGAAUUAUACUAAUCUAUAGAUUUUGGUUGUAUCAAAAUUGAAUUAUUAGUGUGUGCCAUAAACACAUAUAUUUUAUAAAUCAAGAUGUUAUCUUUACAAAUACAAUGUGUAACAAAAUGGCACAGAAAUAUGCAUAAAUGCAGUUGUAUGAGAUUUUAAACUGCACGCAAUAUUUAAUCUGGCUAAAGAAAAUGUCUUAUGCCAAAUUUCUAUACAAUUAUGUACAACCAUGGAUCAUUUUUGACUCCUCUCAUUUAAAGGGAAUUUUACUAGUAAGCAGUUGGUUUUCCAAGAAUGCAAUAAACAAGACAAAGAUUUUU